GUAGCAGCCAAACUCAAACUGUCAUUGUGUGUGAGGGAAAAUGUCCUAAACAUGAAGAACGGAGGACAUCCAGAGAGGACGAUCUUGUGAUAGACUGCAGUCACACGGAUUUUAUUGUUUGUCACGUCUGAUUCGUGUGUGUGUGUGUGUGUGUGUGUGUGUGUGUGUGUGUGAGAGAGAGAGACGCGACUUCACGGAUCUGCGCGUCUGUGGUGACAGAAGAGGGAUUCUUCAGAACAUCAUGAGGCUGUGAGCUCACUGUGGAAUCAGUCAUGGCAGAAUCCGACAUAGACAAAUCUCACCUGCCCGGUGUUUGUGAUGUGUGCCAGUGUUUCUCCGUGUUGGAGGACGGUGCGUUGGCUCACAGUCUUCAAGAGCAGGAAAUUGAGCAGUUCUACAGCACCAACAUCCAGAAGAACCAGGCGGUGCAGAGCGACGUUCGUUUGGCCCGGAGGCUGCAGGAGGAAGAGGAGCAACGAGCGAACCUCCGCCAGGACCUUCAGCAGCUAGAGGAGGAGGACUGCAGAUAUGCUCAGAUGAUCCAGGAGGAGCUCCAAAGGUGUACGGAGGAGACCAGGAGGCGAGAGAUAGAGGACGAGGAAAUCGCCAAACAGCUACAGGAAGAAGAAGAAAUGGAAAUGAGACGGCAGAGAGUUGCUGCCGGUUACAGUGACAAUGACUGCGUUUCUCCACUCUGUGAAGGUUUGGAAGUCUGGGAGCAGGUGCUUCAGGACGCCGAGCUGGCUCGUAGACUUCAGGAGGAAGAGGAUAUGCUGCCUCACAGAGAACAGUUUCCUCAGAGCUCCGGAUCAGAGGUGGAUUUCAUUGCGGCUCAAGUAGCCCAAGAUGAGGAGAUCGCCCACUACAUGCAGCGCCAUCAGAGAAGAGUCAAAAACCGGCCACAAGACCUAGAGAUCCAGACCAGACCUGCUGAACCAAGAGAGGAAGGAAAUACCACAACCAGGAAGUCUCUUCAGAUGUUGCGCGAGAGGCUGAACUCAGAUGGCCUGCACUCACCUGUGGAAGAGGAAGACUAUAGCCAUCAGCCUAUUGAAAGCCAUCUAGCAAGCCCAUCGUGCACUGCACUUCGAAACCAACACAUACACAACAUUGCAGAAGAACUGGACCCAACGUUCAAGGCUAGGAAGCGCGAGAGCCACAUUACUACAAGCCCUCAACCAGGUCUAUGUUUGGCCCCUCGUAACCCCCACAGUAUCUUUUAUGACUAUUUACCAGAAGCCACCUUCAUACCACCAACUAAAAGGCAGAGCGACAAAGCAGGACGCCACAAAGCCAAAGACAAGAAAGAGAACUGCAAACAGCAGUGAUCACGUGACUAACAUAGUCAUCUGAGUGUCUAAACAAGUGUUAUAGAAUCCAUUUUAUGGACACAGAUUAAACUGAGUAACAAUUCAUGGUUUCAUCAUGUUGUUGUAUGGCAUGACAAAACAUGACGGCCACAAGGGAGAUAACAUAAUUUAAGAAAAGCACUUCUAAAUUAAAUACACAAAGGCAAGUUCCUUCAUUAUGCUAUUUAAAACCUCGAAAGGCAGGGUGGGUGAUUUCAGAGAGGCUAGCAAAUCACUUUCCAAAGCCAAGCCUUCUCAAAAAACACAUGAUGCGAUGAGAGAUGAUAUUUGUGGAGGGUUCGAUGCAAUGAUGAUAAGAAUGUGAUUGGAAGAACUUUUUAUGCUCUACAGACAAUAUAAGUACCUAUAAAUAAGUGCUGUCAAACGAUUAAUCACAAUUAACUGCAUCCAAAAUAAAGGUUUUGGUUUACAUAUAUAUAUAUAUAUAUAUAUAUAUAUAUAUAUAUAUAUAUAU